CGGCCGGCGUGCUCUGCGCUGGACCCGCCUCGCGCACGUGUCGCGGUGGCCCAGGCUGCGGCAGAGGAGGUUGACAACGGUGGCAGCACUCAUGGCCGGUCCCCUGUGGCGGGCCGCAGCAUUUGUGCAGAGACAUAGGACUGGCCUGUUGGUGGGUUCCUGUGCAGGCCUGUUCGGGGCCCACAUCUCAUACCACCUCGUCCCAGAUCCCGUGAUGCAAUGGCUGUACCAGUACUGGCCUCAGGGCCAGCCAGCCCCGCUCUCCCCAGAGCUGCAGGGGCUCUUCCAAGAGGUGCUGCAGGACAUCGGUGUCCCCUCCGGCCACAGCUACAAGGCUUUCACCACGUUCACCUUCCAGCCCGUGAGUGCUGGCUUCCCGCGACUCCCUGCAGGGGCCGUAGUGGGCAUCCCAGCCACCUUCCUGGGUGGCGUGUUGAUCAACACCGAUCACCCAGUGGUUGUACACGGGCACAAAGUGAACUGGCAGAGCCCAGCAGGCGCCCGGCUGAGAGAUGCCCUGACCCUGUCCCAUGACGCCCAGAAGUUUGCCUUGGCCAAGGAAGUGGUGUACGUGGAGAGCGGUGCAGCUGCCCUCCAAGCCCUGCCGGCCCCAGCCUGCCUAGCGGGAACCUGGGCCCUGGGUGUGGGUGCCAAGCAUGCCCUGGGGCUCUACGGAGGCCCCAUGAAUUUACGGGCUGCCUUCAACCUGCUGGCGGCAGUGGCGGGCUUUGUGGCCUACGCCUUGUCGGCGGACUCGCUCACUCAUGCCCUGGAAGCCUGGCUGGACCGCCGCACAGCUACCCUAUCUGCAGCCUAUGCCCGGGGCGGGGUGGAGUUCUAUGAGAAGCUUUUGUCGGGCAACGUAGCCCUGCGCAGUCUCUUGGGCGGUCCUGGAGAGAAGCUGUAUACGCCCAGCGGGAACAUCGUCCCCAGACACUGGUUCCGCAUCAAACAUCUGCCCUACACAACCCGCCGGGACUGUGUGCUGCAGGUGUGGAGGGCAGCACUCAACCCGCGCCACUCCUGAGAGACUCCUCGCAAGGACAGAGGCGCCUCACACAGGCGCCACCCUGCCGUUGACUCGGGGGGCUCUCGGUGCCUCUGGACCCACAGCCCAGUGUCAGAUGAAUCAGAGACUCUGGAAUGAAACAGCCUAGAGUCUACCCCGGUCCAUGAUCCCAGUGACCUUGGGCACGUCCCUUUUGAAUCUGAGCCUUGGUUUCCUCAGCUGUAAAAUGGGGGCGUUGUAAAUUUCUUGGCAGGAUUUGGGGGUUGUGUGAGCUAUGGACAAAAGGGCCUGGCCAAGAGGACACGCCGUAAAUAAAUGGGAUGUCCCUCCUUGGUCUUUGAAUUCCGGCAGGCUGUGGGGGUCAGGCCACUUCUCCCCACCAGAGGCGCUUACGGGACGUGAACACUUCCCCAGAGUGAAGAACCCCCUGUAGUUCACCUGGUGGUCUAAUCUCACUUCGUUCUACUGUGGGGGAGAGAAGAGCUUUAGAGGCCCAGGUGAGACGCUAGGGUGGCCCUGAGAGCCUGGGAAAUGGGAGCCUGAGGUGGAGUUUCAAGGGUGGUGUAUCCAGCACAGAUGGCAUGCUCAGCGCCCCUGGGUCUGAAGGGGAGAGAAAGUGUUGGCUGGAACCUGGUGAGACCUAUGGCACGGGAGACUUGGCAGGAGCUCUGGCCAAAGGAAGAAGGAGGAACAAGGCACUGUGAAACCGAGGCCCUGCAGGGAGGGCAGGCACCUGCUGAUGUAGUCCAGAGCGUGGUCCGUACCUGGCGAGGAGAGGGACUGUGGGGUGGCAGGGAGGAAGCAGGAUUUAGGUGGAUGAGAUGGACUGGGCCUAGUGUCACACUCGGGGCCCAGGAGAAUGCUGCACCCUUGCCCUGUUUGUUUCCCUUGAGCCUUCUGGUGGUGGGUAGAGCAGACCCCACUUUUGAUCCUUGGACAGGAGACCCCUUCUCAGAGAAGGUGAGGGCUGUUGUGGCCAGCAAGCCAGACUCACUCAGCCGUUCAUGUAUUUUUAUUGUCAAUUAUGUUUUCCCUGGAAGAAUGGAAGAAGUCAGGCCUGGCGCCAGUGUAAUUCAGGACAAAGAGACGGGGCCACACCCAGGGAAGGGCACAGAGCAGUACCAGGAAGCCCACUCAGCAGUGGCAGUUCCUGCAGGAGACUGAGUGGACAGUGAGCAGAGUGGGGCGGCAGGUCUUCCUGCUGGGUCCGUCGCCGUGGCUGGAGAUCGGUGUUCUGGCUCCAUUCGACCAGCCCAUGGGUCCCAGCGUCAGGCCUGGGCAGACACCCCAUCUCUCAGGUCCCGGGAUGGCAGUGGGCACAUGCUUGAUGAAGGCAGAGGUGGAUGGAUGAGUUAGUGAGUGGGUAAACAAGUCUCCACUCUGGGAAAUGCCACUUGAGGGGGCCCCUCGGCUUGUCACCCAAGUGCUACCACCACGUGUGAGUGUCUGAUCUUGGCUGGGGAAGUGUAGGUUGGGGUCUGGAUUCGGUGAGCUCCACCCGGGGGCACACCACUCCUCACCCCAACUACUUUCAGUACUGCAGGAGCAGGGCGGCAGCUUCGGGCGUUCCUGCUGACCUGCCCCAAAAGUAAGGAAUGGGAGCCCCAGUGGUAAGGGGAGCGAUGCCCUGAAAUGGCUGCUGCUUUGCCUCCCUCUGCUCCACGUCACCAGCUGUACUCAUGAGCUGCUCCCAGUCCCCACGCAUGCAUGCUGCGUGAGGUGGUUCCGCCUCCAAACUUGGCUCAGAGCCCCCACCCUGGGAGCUGCCCCGCCGCCCGUGCUGCGUUCUGCGCGUCCCGCAUGCCCAGGCAACCCUCAGUUCGGUCCUUGCCCUCCCCAGCUGGGUCCUCCUGGCCAUUGUCCUCACCUCUCCCAGCUCUUGGAAGUGCAAGUCUGACUGGGUUCCGUCCUGCUUAAAACCCUCUGCGGGCAUCCCCUAGCUUUCUGGCCAGAGCUGCAUCUCUGAGCCCCGGCCUGAUGGCCUCUCCAGCCAUCUGGUGUCCCCCCAGCUGUAUGGAUCCUAACCUCAGCAGCACUUUGGUUCCUUCACUGCUGUCCCCCUCCUUUUCCACACAGUGCCUCGCUCUGGGGCGGUCUCUCCCGCCCUGCCCCUGUCUCAGGUACUUAGAGCUCCUCCUGCAGGAAUCCCGAACCUUCCCCAUUCACGCCGGUCACAUACCCUGUGCCUCUCCCCAGCCCUCAGUGCUAACUGUAAAUAAGUUACCAUGCAGUUAGGGCUUAGCCUCCCGUCUGCCGAAACGUACUGUCUACAAGGGCAGGGUGGUGUGUCUUGAUUACUGCUGUGGCCUGAGGCCCUCCAUAACAUUUUUGAGGAGAUGAACAAGGCUCUGAAGCUACAGCAGGCAGGCCUGGCUCCCUAGAGUCUGAGCCAUUACAGGCCGGCUGGCGGCGCAUGUGGGUGAGGCGCAUCUGAAUCCAGUGUGACCCUGUUCUGUCUUCCCAGCUUGGGACUUCCCAAGGGCAGGGCCUGGCCCGGGUCUGAGACUGCUCUUCCGGCGGGGGAAACAGGACACUUCUAGUCACUUCCUGCAGAUUCCCACUCAGGCCUCCAGGGGCCCCCAAGGAGUUUUGGGCAAAAGGGGAGCCCCCCAAGUUUUAUGAUAUGUGGUGCCCCUGCACAUGGAUUCAGGGGUUGAUCCCAGAAAGAGUCAAAAACAUGGGCUUCAUAGUUGGGCCAGGUGGCAGGCAGCCUGUACGCACUGCAGGGCAUCUUUCCUCAGAUGCAGGCUGCAUGCCUCAGUCGUCGGCACUGCCCUGCGUCCCAGGAGAACGUUGUUCUACUGAGUGCCCCCCUCCCCACCCCACUACAUGUUCACGGUUCUCUGAGUGUGAAUGUGCAAAGGUGCCCAACACCCCAGAACAAUCCUCCACAGACCCCGGACUAGGCUAACUGACAGAGGGCUACAUAAACACACAGACACCCCCUUGCCCCCGCCCCGUGCAUGCACAUACACGCACACAUGCAGACAGUGGGAACGCAGGGAAGGGGUCCCAGAGUCGUCAUGCCAUCGUUGGCUCUGUCCAUUCCUGACCCUAGCAGGCCCCACUGCCUCGUCCAGGAGCCAUAGCAUUGUGCCCCCUGCGGCUGUGCCCAUAGCUGGUGCAUACACACGGACCCCGCAUCCGCAAGCGGGCACAUACCGCAGGCCGGGGCUGACCCGUGCGCGUCCUCACCCAGUGAGGCCCCCUGCCCGCUGCAGCCCUACAGUGAUGUCCAUAGGGCCUUUAUUAUGCACCAGACACUGUGCAAGGUUCCUAGAAUCUUUUUUCACUUGUCCCCAAAUUGGAACAGGUAGUUGGU